AUGUCAGCCAAAACGAUGGACGCCUUCCAUGGGCCCGCCCUGCUCAAGAUUGCUUCACCAUGGUCCAUGUUCGACCAGGCCUUCACGUCGAUCAUGGGCUAUCCUGCCGACCAGUUCCACUUCAAAUCCGGGGAGACUCCCAUGAGUACGUUCAAGGAGACUGCCAUCAUGAUCUCCUUCUAUUACCUCACCAUCUAUACUGGAUGGAGGACGAUGAAGAACCGCGAAGCUUUCAAGCUGUCCACAUUGUUCAAGAUUCACAAUUUCCUCCUGACUGCAGUCAGCGGGGCUUUGCUGGUCCUCUUUCUUGAACAGCUGGUGCCCUCGCUCUGGAACCAUGGGCUAUACAACUGCAUUUGUAGCGCUCCGGGUUGGACUGACAAGCUGGUUAUUCUAUACUACCUGAACUAUCUGACCAAAUACGUCGAACUUCUGGACACUGUCUUCCUCGUCCUGAAGAAGAAGCCCUUGACCUUUCUCCAUACGUACCACCAUGGAGCAACUGCGUUUCUGUGCUACACUCAGUUGAAAGGCAGGACUCCGGUGUCAUGGGUCCCCAUUGUUCUUAAUUUGACAGUGCACGUGGUCAUGUACUGGUACUACUUCCAAAGUGCUCGCGGCAUCCGCGUCACCUGGAAAGAAUGGAUUACCCGUCUUCAGAUCGCUCAGUUCGUGCUGGAUCUUGGUUUCGUUUACUUUGCCACAUGGGACUUCCAUGCCGAUGAGUGGGGUCUUGACGGUUUCCACGUCGGUCGAUGCGAGGGCGAGCUUUUCGCGGCCAUCACGGGCUGUGUAACCCUGAGUUCUUACCUCGUGCUGUUUAUCCUGUUCUACAUUGCCACUUACCGAAAGUCGGUCAAAUCCAAGGCCCGAAAGAACGCGGCCAUGAAGUCUGAUCAAGUGGUAACUGCGACUGGUCGUGCUGCAGAGACCCUCAAGUCAGCUCGUAGCCGCUUGGGCCAGGCUAGCAUGGAGUCUGUCGAAUCCAGCGCCAAGGGCCAAUGGGCUGUUUCUCGUGACUAG